CCCUCUCGUCUGUCUAUACCACCUUCUCUCUUCCUCCUGCCACUAAAACGAUAUACCUAACGAGACAAUUCUUUUAUUCGCUCCUAUCGUCUUCUUUACCUAUAAUGAACAUCUCGGUGGCCGACGCCCGCGCCGCCGCUUCUGUACUGCCACCGCAGCCGCUGGUAGCCUUCUUCACGUUGACCACGUGGAAGCAGCUCGUCCUCACCGGAGUCCUACUCUACGUCGGACUGUGCCGCGCGCUCCGCUUCCGCCGCGAACAUGCGCUGCGGAAGAGACUAGGCUACCUGAACCGGGCCUCCCUCGCGAGGAUGACGGUCGGGGAGGCCCAGCAGGUCAUCGACUUCCUCUCGACUUGGGAGAUUCCCCUGCUCCACUUCCAAGCCCUCCAAUUCGGGCUGUUUAAGACGUAUGGUGUCGAGAGCAUCAGUCGCCUUCUCUUGGCUACGGGCAACUUGACGGACCCCGUUAAGAGCCUCAAGAGGUUCGAAGACACGGGGGCCCUAAUUGGUGAGUUUUUAAUCAACCCACCAACGUCGGAGAGGGCUGUGCGCGGGAUCGCGCGUAUGAACUUCCUGCACAGUCGAUACAUCAAGGAGGGCACCAUCUCGAAUGCAGACCUGCUAUACACGCUGUCGGUGUUUGUGACGGAGCCGGCGCGCUUCGCCGAGCUAUACGAGUGGCGACCGUUCAACGAGAUGGAGUAUUGCGCGAGCGGCGUCUUCUGGAAGGCCGUCGGCGAGGCCAUGGGCAUUGAGUACAAGGGCUACUUGACGCAUGCUGAGCGUGGGUGGCGCGACGGCAUUGAAUUCUUCGACGACAUCUCCGCCUGGGCCAAGUCGUACGAAGUCGGCGCGAUGAAGCCCAGCGUCGUGUCGGCGAAACCCGCUCGCACUUUAAUCCCCAUGAUGACGUACUGGGUGCCCUGGUUCGCGAAGCCAUUCGUUACCGACGCGAUAAUUAGUCUCCUGGGAGGCAGAGUACGUGAGGCUUUCAUGCUGCCGGAGCCCGACGUCACGGCGGCGGCCGUGAUGUACUCGAUCCUCGCUGUGCGGCGCUUCGUCCUACGUUACUUAUCGCUACCUCGCUUUUUCCAGCUCAAGCGCCAGUACGACCCGGACCCGAAGACGGGACGCAUGACCCAGCGGAUACCGUACGGCAAUUAUCCCUUCUACAUCACGCCCACUGUCUUCAACCGCUGGGGGCCCGCAGCUUGGGCCGUAUGGCUCUACGGUGGCAAGGUCCCCGGCGAUAACCCAGGGGAGUUCAUGCCCGAGGGGUACUUGUUCUCGGACCUAGGCCCCUCAAAUCGCAUAGGCCUCGGCGUCGACGAGAUGGAAAUUGAUGUCAAGAAGAUAAAAGCCGGCUUUGGCCAGGGAGGGUGCCCUUUCUAAAAAUUCGUCGUGGAUCUUGCCCUCGUCUCCGAGUGGGCUACGAUCUCAGAUUCGGCCGCGAUCGAUCCCGUUCCCGCCGGGUCCUCGCUGUGGUUGUCGAGCGUUCGUUUAGGUAGAGAGCUGUGUGCGAGUAUAGCCACCUGGUCUUAUACGCUCUGCCACUCACAAUGAACUACGGCGUAUAUAUUUUAUCUUUUGGAAAUUCUUUUUCUCGUU